GUAUCACGGUAUGGUACCUCAAAGAUUAUAGUUCCUGAUACACAUUUUUUGUCGAAGUUUGUGUGCACACUGAAUUUACAUGACAUGCUUUUAUUAUUGUUAAGCGUCGGUGAAUAGUAUCAGAAACGGGCAGAGUCUGUAUGGUUUAUGACAAAAACUGGUAAAGCUCCUCAAGUCAAUGAGUCAUGAGCUAAAAAACAUAGCUAUUUACUUCGGAUCGUUUGUGGAUCUCUGCGUACCUGUUGUGUUUGUAAACUAAUUGUUAUCUAACCUAUCUUCAAUCCGGCGUGGAGCAAUCUGUUAAUACCCGGCACGCUUUAAUUAUCAACCAUGAUUUUUAUAUAGUUUUGCAUACUGUAUAUAGGGCCUAGUUUUGCCUUUGACAAAGGACCCGACUGAAACUUUUGCCGGUGUGUGGUUUCCUUGUGUCUAUGCGUCUUUUUUCUAUAGAGUGUAUCCUGAUAGGAAAUAUCUUCCUCUCUACUAAAGCUUAAUUGUUCUUGCUUUAUGGCAUUCCCUGUCGCACCUGUUGAAUGCUCGUGACAUUAUGUGGACGCUCAGCUCUGAUACACCCUUGGGUAUGCAUAGAUUGGGACUAUAUUCAUUUCUUGUGCUGUUGGUCUCAGGCUGAUGAUACUGCAGUAAUUAGCCACUCUUGUGAUUGGUGACUUUGUUAUUUUCUUGAAGUGGGAUAGUCGAUUUUACAGCACCUGACUUUUCAAAACAGGAAUUUAUCUGGAGUUCUGGAGGGUUUAGAUUCGAGUCUUGAGGAUCGUAUCGUCUUCACGCCGGAUGUGAUCGGACAUUACACAAUAUGUUUUAUGUCGAUACAGAGAAUGACGUCCAUGUUUCGAACCGGAGGAUGACGGAUCGCAUCAUCAACAUCCAGGAUGAAGAUGUCAUCCACCGAGGAUGGCUCAAGAAGCAAGGCGGGGCGUUCCGCUCCUGGCAACGACGGUACUUCAAGGUUUCCGGUGAAUUCAUGUACUACUACACCAAGGAAGAAGACACCCGAGCCCUUGGCUACAUCCCGCUACGUGGCAAUGUCCUCAAGAAGCACCCGUACACGGCCGAAGAACCGGGGAAGUACCUCUUUGAAAUCCUACCAGGUAAAGCAAGCCAAGGUCGUCUGGCCGGAAACCAUGACAGCUUCCUUCUCUGGGCAACCAACCAAGCUGAGAUGGAUGAGUGGACGCAGGUCAUCAGGAGGGUCAUGUAUGGUAAAAGGGGUGGAGGUAUAUUUGGACAGAGUCUCCUGGACACAUUAACAUCUGAGAGUACAACUACAACCAAACAGAUUCCAUCUAUUAUUGAGCAGUGUGUGACGUUCAUCAAGAAUCAUGGGCUAUAUGAGGAAGGUAUCUUCAGACUGCCAGGAAGGACCAACAAAGUUAAAGAGCUUCAGGAUCUAUAUGAUGUUGGUGUCAAACCUGACUUUGAAGCGUUGAAAUCGGAUGUUCAUACCGUCGCAUCCCUUCUCAAACUUUACCUACGUUCCCUCCCUGAGCCCGUCAUACCUUGGCAGCACUACGAACACUUCUACGAGGCCAUCAAACUCUACGAGGAGCGGGAGGAUGAUGGGAAGGGGGAACUCAUCCGCGAGCUUGCGCUGCUUCCGAGAUGCAACUACAACCUGAUGAAAUACAUGUGUUGUUUCCUGCACGACGUCCAGAAGUAUGAGAAGUACAAUCGGAUGGGCGUGCUCAACCUCUCGACCGUCUUUGGACCGAACAUGUUCCGAGCGAAUAACGAGGACCCUACGGCCAUGAUGGAGGCCACGUCAAUGAGCCAGAAGUUCAUCCACCUGCUUGUAGCCGAGUACGAUACCAUGUUCCCGUCGAAUGACCGCAUCAGCUUCAGCAAUGGCUCCAAAUCGUAUGACGAUCUCCCCAAUGCACCCGUGCCCCCGCCUCGCCAUAAAGCGCACAGCCAGAUGCCAUCAGGAAGCUUUGACUUGAUUAAAGAGCUCCAGGAUCGCCAGGGGCGAACUCCUCGAGUCCAGACAAUGGCUUCGGACUCGCUUCUCAUUGAUUUAAAUCCCGAAGAGGAGUUUGACAUGGAACACUACGGGAACUCUGCAUUCUCAAAGCGUAGCUAUAGUGUAGAUGACGGCCUUGUUUAUAGGGACAGUAUAUCUGGUUCGGACACUGCGAGCAUCUCCUCGCUCGGAACUUCUGAACAGGAUUCCCACCAUGUACCAUAUUCAGAGUUCCAGGACACGGCAUCGGUUGCAUCAACUGCCAGCAUUAAAACGAACAGUGAGUCCUUGGUUAUGAUCAACCCUGCCUGCCAGUUGCAAAUGCCGCCUUGCGACUCGACGAACAGUCACCGGGAGCCGGAGACGGCGUCACCCCGCAAGGAGAGAAGUGGUCUGGGGAUAGACUUAAUGCAGGGCACACCAGAAAGUGAUCUAGCUCACAUUGGAGACCUAACUCUUUCAUACUCACAUUUACAGGAACAAGUGAGGGCGCUAAAACAGGAACUAAGUAAGCAGAAGGAAGAUUACGAUCAGAAGCUAAGGAAAUGGAAAAUGAAGUGUGAGGGCAUGCAGAUACAAUACGACAAUGCAGAAAGUGCUAGGAGAGCAACGGAUGAACGCAACAAGCAACUUCUAAAACAACUCAACGCUUUCAUUGAUGAAUAUGGACCACAGUGAUAAGUUAAACAAAACAAGCAACUUCUAAAGCAACUCAACGCUUUCAUCAACCGCACUGAGUAAUAAGAUGAACAUAACAAGCAAAUUCUAAAGCAACUCAACACUGUCAUCAAUGUGUAUAGUCCAGAGUAAUAAGACUAACAUAACAAGCAACUUCUGAAACAACUCGGUGCUUUCAUAGCUGAAUAUGGAUCAAACUCACUCAAGGAGAAUGAAAUCCUUGGAACAAGUUGGCUUUUAUGAAAACAGAAUGCGAGUCUUUCACAAAUUCGUCUACACAAGCUGGUGAGAAGCAUACUUUCUCAUUCUCAACCUUCGGGUAGCCUUAUGCAAAAGCCUAUGUAGUGUGCUUAUUAUUAUUAAUCAACUUGUUACCUACUAGAAUGUGUCAGUCUUUGUACAAGGCAUGUGGGAGUAUAAAUCGAAUAGUAAAUCAUUUUUUUUUUUCAUUCUUGGAGAACAAAAUUUAAAUAAAUAUUAUUUCAUAUGAUGAAAUGCAAAACAGUAAUGGGGGAAUUUACAUCUUCAGCUUGCUCAUUGCAUUGUUAUGAAGACAUGCAUAAAACUAUUUUCACUGAAAUAAUACAAAACUAAAAAAAUAUCAUACCUUAAUUUUCAGUGUUUUGUUAGUCUGACUUUACUUAUCUGUUCAAUUUUUUUUCAGCCGGGAGUACACUUUUAUUUUUUACAAUGGUAUGUCAUUUAAAACUUUUGGAGCAGGAUGUGUACAAAUUAUGUCUUGUGGUUUUCAAGUGAUUGGGGAGUUGCUGAAUAUUUAUUUCUGAAUGUAAGGUACAUGUAGUGUUGAAUUUGAGAAAUAAUUAGAAAUGCUGCCUUAAGAACCAGUGGUUUCAUGUUGAAAUGCACUCAAAUCCUGCCUAACCACCAAGCAGGAUUCUCUUGGGUGAGGUGCCAAAGCUAUCUAGUAGGGACUGUUUCGUUAAUGAUCUUUUUUAUGUAUUAUCCAACUAGUCCAGAAGAAUCUUUCAUCAACAUUUUCUGAAAGUUACUGAAAUAUAGUAAUUGUCAGAUAAAAUAGAAUUUGUUGGAUGAAACAUCCGACACGCCUUUUCAUGAAAUGUCCCCACUGAGUUAUAUCCUCAAUAUUGACCGUAGUUUGUUUCAUCAACAUCUCUGUCAAACAUAUUGCAAAGCUUUCAACUAAUAUGUUUUAAUAUUUAGUAUGUUUUUUCAUAAUCAAAAGUGACAAAAAAAAAUUUAUUGCAAAAUGUGUUUUUUGUUAAAUUUGAUUGGCAUGCUUCAUAUGUGUAAUUUAUCAAUUUUUGUACCAAAAUGUGUUUUUUCCUUCAAAAUAUGAUUUUAAUUAUGGAUCAGUAUGUUUUUUGGUCAACAGAGGUUGACAGCUCUGAUAUUGUCAUAUCUGACAAUUUUCUUGAAUUUGAUUGUUUGAGAAGCACUGAUUACGUGCAUAUGGUUACUGUUAGAAAAAAGAUACUUUGCCAAAGCCGACAAGUCCUUUUUAUAAAAUGCGCGUGGGGGGGGCCCAUAACACAUAUCUUAGCAAUCUUACGAUUGAUUGCAUUGACUACAAUGUACAAUUGUGAAAAUCAAGCAUACGAUUACCGGUAAUCUUUUAAACCUUUGUGUUACGGGACCUAGGCAUGACAACUUUUAAGACAAACAAAUGUUGAUGAAACGUUCCCCAGUUCUACAUGUAAAAUCCAGUAAUGAUCCGCAUAGCUCUACACUGGAGUGAGUGGCAUUUUUUCUGCUUUAUUCAAUUCAAACUUUUAUUCAAAUAUGUAACUCAUUUCUGUACGGAGUGUAUAUCAUGUUUGUGCAUGGGCAGGUGGGGAGAGGAUUAUCCUCUGUUCAUGGGAUGGGGGGGGGGACAUCUAUUGUUGCACCCCCCCAAGAAAUACAAAAGAUAAUCCUCCGCUCCACCACUCAUGCAUAUCAUAUGUGAAUGUAGAUAAUUCAUAUAAAAUCAAGAAUAUUAUACUUCCUGUGUGAAACCAACCAAAUAAAUGCAUUAUAUGUUUUCUUAGGAUGAACUUAUAAAAUAGAUCUUCCAUAUUAAUGAUCAAUUUAUUUUUGUAAUCGAAUGUCUUUCUUAGUUUCAGAAGGUAUGUAAUGUAAUGAACAUGCAGUAAAAGGUCAUUUUUACACGCCAGUAAUUUCAGGGCAAAGAAAAUGUUUUUAUUUUUGAAAGCUCUGUACAUUCUAUCAUGUUUAAUAUUUCCUAUUGUAUCCAUAUGUAUAUAUAUAUUUUUCUUAAUAUUUGAGACAAACCUGAAAUUGUUUGAUGUAUGCAUAUGCUAAGCAGUUAUUUUGUUCACAAUAAUUUUGUGAAUUGUAAAGAGAGAUAAUGAUUGUGUCUCGCCUGCAGGCUGCUGCUGCUUUGAUACAUUUUAUAUGCCUUUUGCAGACCUGCCAACCAGUACGUUUUAGCCGUAUUUAGUACGUUUUUGUUACCAAAAUACGGCAGUACGUUUUUUGUAAAAAAAAAAAUAAAAAAAAUCGUUUUUUUUUUUUACAAAAUCGUAAUUUAUUGAGAAAAAUCAUCUCUAUAUGUCUCUAUUUCAUAAAACGUACACAAAUAUGGUUAUUAGAUCAAUGUAAUUUCAGGUAACUUAUUUUUUUUUCAAUCAUUUUGUUAAAACCAGGGUGAAGAUAUACACAUGUUUUAAUGUUGUUUUUUUUCAUCUGCAAGAGCAGUGCGCAUUUUAGCUUUCAUGCAGCUUGAGCGCCGCGAUGAGCGAGUGGGCCAAGCAUUUUAUUAUGAAAUACACUUUUUGGGGGAAAAAUACAGUUUUUUUUAUCACAGAAUACAGUUUUUCAUUCCCAGAGGUUGGCAGGUCUGCUUUUGAUAAUGACUGUCUGUUCUGUUCAUCAGCAUAGAUCAAAAGAAAAGAGUAUAGCUAUUAAUAAUGUGUCAAUGCUUUGCUUUAGUUUGCCAGUCAAUGAGUGAUUGCUCAUUUUCUGUAUUGAAUAUUUUGGCAUGUUCCAUUCAAACCUCCGAACACUUGAUCAGUUUGUUCAAGGAUUCUUUUAGAGCUUUAUCUCAACAACAAACGAUGUGUAGGCCUAUAUUUGAUUGGGCAGAACUCUGUCAGGUUCAACUUUGUACUUUAUUAUUUUUAUACUGUCUGGGCCCCGUCUUCCAAAGAGUUGCGAUUGAUCCAAUAAAUCGCAACUAUGGAAAGCCAGCAAAGUCAACAUAUAAAAUGUGUGUUUAUUUUUUUUUAUCUGGAUAUGAAUGUAUAUCCAUAAAUUCAUUGAUUUCUUGACAAUUUGGUGUGAUCUCCUUUGUUUACAAAGGACAUUUUGCAAAUUUCCUGUAGAAAAAAUCAUGACACUGAUGGUUUUUAUAGAGUUACGAUUGAUUGGAUCAAUUAUAAUUCUUUGUAAGACGGGGUCUUGGUUUGUUUGGCUAGGCCAAAUAAUGCAUUCUCAAUUUUUUGUUUCAAAUUAUGACAAAUUCAAUUAAGAUUGAAAGGGAAGAAAUUGAAAAGAAUUUGGCGAUAGUGACAUUCCUCUGAAUUGAGACUUUCAACGAAAUUACACUGGGCAAGUUUAUGGCUGGUCCAUAUAGAAAUGUAUUUUUUUAACACUUGCAUGCACAUGUGCAUGCUUCAUAUAUUGCAUAUAGAAAAAAAGGUAACUUUUGUAUAUGUUUGAUCUUGUAUACUUUAUUUUUGUCUAUGGGGCUUUGGGGAAUGACAUUUCUAUUUUGUUUAUAUUGUAUAUGAUAUGAGAUUAUAUCAAAUAAAUGAAAUAGCAUUUGAUUAUAA